UCUUAGCCGCUUGGGCUGGCCGAACCCCCGGGUCCACGGCCGAUGCAACCCUGUCUGAUAUCUGGUACCCUGGAAGGAGUACUAGUGGAGAAGGUUCUCAGCAGGAUAAGGAUGCAUACCAAAGAGAUGGUUGUCCAACAUAGUUCGGACGAUCGGAUUCGGAUAUGGGUUUAUCUGGAAGGUGCUGCCACUCUUUUUCUCCUUCCUUCUCGUGAAGAUGGAAAAUAUUCUCGACAGCCACCCCGAGUAUGUAUCGACUUCGCGAUUAGAUGAUCUGCGCGCCACCGAGUAUGGCUACCUCGACGAGCAAGACCACGUCUACCUCGACUUCACAGGCGCAGGACUUGCCGCGAGAUCGCAAAUUCGAGCCCACGAGACCCGACUCCAGCAAACCCUCUGCGGCAACCCGCAUUCCAUCAACCCGACAAGUCAAUCCGCCACUCAUCUGGUCGAGCAGGCAAGAGCCCGCGUCCUCUCGUACCUCAAUGCCUCUCCGGAUGAGUACACGGCGAUAUUCACCCCAAACGCAACAGGCGCCGCGAGACUCGUUGCAGAAUCAUAUCCCUUCAAGAGACGAACCAGACUAGUCCUCACAUCCGACAACCACAACUCCAUCAACGGUCUCCGAGAAUUCGCACGCCGAAAAAACACACGAACCACUUACGUUCCAGUCCGCGCUCCGGGGCUGAGGAUAGACCCGUCUGACCUCAUGUCAGCACUAAAACCUCGCAGAGGUGGCUUAUUCGGCUCAGCUGCAAAACUAGCUCCCCCACGCAGCAACAACGACGACCAAAAAUCCAAACAGAGAGGUCUAUUUGCAUACCCUGCCCAAAGCAACUUCAGCGGCGUCCGUCAUCCGUUGUCGUGGAUCAGCGUUGCGCAGAAGCAGGGGUAUGACGUGCUCCUCGAUGCGGCGGCCUACCUGCCGACCUCCAGGCUCGAUCUAUCCGCAUCAUCCGGCGUUCAACCGGAAUUCGUCAUUGCGAGCUGGUACAAGCUGUUUGGGUAUCCGACCGGCGUCGGCUGUUUGAUUGUUCGACGCGAUGCGCUGGCAAGGCUCGCAACCUCGAGGCCUUGGUUUUCGGGUGGAACCAUCACAGCGGUAUCAGUGGGGAUUCCGUGGCAUGUCAUGGCGCCGGACGAGGCUGCCUUCGAAGAUGGGACCGUCAACUUCUUGUCGAUACCAGAUGUUGCUGUUGGGCUGGAUUGGCUGGAGGGCAUCGGCAUGCCGUUAAUCGAUACUAGGGUCAGGUGUCUUACCGGCUGGUGCCUCGAUCGUUUACGGAAUCUCGAACACAGUGACGGGUCGCCCAUGGUCAGGUUCUACGGGCCGACGGAUAUGAAGUUGAGGGGUGGAACGAUCUGCUUCAACUUCCUGGACAUAGGUGGAAGGGUCGUUGACGAAAGACUGGUUGCCAGAGAGGCCUCUGUCGAAAACAUAUCACUGCGAACGGGCUGUUUCUGUAACCCUGGUGCUGGCGAAGCUGCCUUUGGUCUGGACAAAAGGGCUUUGUUAUCGCUUACUACCAUCCGGGGCGACUCUCUUGACUACCAUAUCAGGCUUUCAGCACCUGUAGGUGCAGUGCGGAUCUCGUUUGGGUUCAUGACGACCGCAAAGGACGUGGAUCGAUUGCUGGAAUUUGUCAAAAGGAGAUACACAGAUAGGCUGACGACUGCUAAUGGUCUUCCGCCAUAUGAACAUUGCUGAACAUAACUCCUACCCAAAUUAAACAUAUUUUGUUCAAUGACAAAUUCACCCACUGACAUACAAUUGAUCACUUAACAAGAUGCAUGUAGUCAA